UUACUUAAAGGCCAAGUAGCCCCCUCGAUCACCCACUCUUCUUCUUUAAUCGAGAAAAGCGAGCUACAAAAACAAGAUCAUAUAAGUCGAGUAAUAUAUUAACAGCAUUCAAUCGACAUGGACAAGCUGAAGAAGGCAAAGGACUCCGUAACUGGCCAGACUGCGGCCGACCAGACUGCCCAACAGCCCGGUAAACACGCUACCAAGGACACUACGGUCGAUUCCAUGGUGGAUCGAGAGGCACAGAAGAAGGGCGCUCCUAGCGGAGCUGACCCGAUGAUCAAUAAUGUUGUCAAUGACGAAGUCAACAAAGUCUAGGUACUAGCUUUAGAAUAGUAUGAUAUGAAGUGUUCAUUGAUGAUAUUAUUACAUAGUAUAUAUUAGUCAAAUCAUUGUUGUAUGGUGA